ACCCUGUGACAUCAAGUGUGCAUUCUUUCUGACCUCAGUGUGCGUGUUAGUGAAGUGUUUAAUUAUCUUUCAAUCAGAAACUCUGAGAAAACACAGCUGUUUAUUCGUCAUUCACGCUAUUCAAAACCUACAAGGUUAAAAGAUCAAGUCUCGCAAAAUAAGAGCUUGUUUGCAAUGCAAAUUUGUAGUCUAAGUAAUUAGCGGAGUGUGAGCCUGCCUCAAUUAUCAACUGAGUAUUCUAAACAAAAGAAAAAUGUUUCGAAAUUAGCGUCUUUGAAGGAAUCUUUUGCAGAGCAGGGAAGCAAAAAUGUCAUCAGAAGACACUAAUGAUAGCGAAGAACAACGAAAGCGUCUGCGAAAAUCACGAAAACUUGGUCUUUGUCAAAAAUUGUCUAUUCCGGAUCGUGCAUCGUACUUAGAGGGGCAAACACCAUUUCAGCGGGCUAAAAACUUUGAUGACAGCUAUUUUGAAAAACUCAAUUUACUGAACUGGAAUGAAAAACAGGCUGAAAACCAAAAUAUUAAGGACACAGUCACUGAUGACAACCUUAAUCAAUCAGAGGAAGAUGAACAAAGUGAGGCAGAGGUGUUAUCAUCUAUUGAAGUUGAACCAACUUUAAAUGAUAAACAGCGAGCUGCAUUGUACUGUGAACUAUUGUAUACUGUCAUACACCAGCUCGGAGCACGUGGCAAGACAUCCUCUCUCACCCCUGGAGAUUUAUUUGUGUAUGCUCAGGAGGCCCUAAAAAUAUCUGAAGAGACACAUCGAAUGCUUUAUGCCAAGACAAAAGAAAGAGAACCUCCAACGUGUAUCAUAAAAGUUGAAGUUGUUGAGGCCAGACAUCUGGAGGCAAAAGAUGCAGAUGGUUUGAGUGAUCCCUACUGCAUGUUAGGGUUAAUAACAGAUGAAAAGGAAGAGGAGAAAAUAAAGAAUAUCAGAGCACAUCGUAGGAAGUCUAAGAGCACAAUCCGAGAGGUUCUUGAUGGCGAGUCUAUGCAUGUGACAACUGUGAAAGAAAACACUCUAAAUCCAGUAUGGAAUGAAACAUUCAUGAUUAAGAGUAAUCUCUUUCACAACCGUUUUUUGGUCUCUCUUUGGGACUGUGAUGACAAGGCAUUACUUAAGGAAGAAGACCGAAAACUUUCAAAAAUAAGAGGGAUCUCUGGAAUGGGAAGGUUUUUCAAAGAUGUCAUGCAGUCAGCUCGAAAAUCAGGAGAGGGUGGCAAUACUGAUGAUUUCCUCGGAUACAUUGAAAUACCAAUUAAGGAAAUUCCAGCCGCUGGCAUUGACGAGUGGUUCAAGCUUAAAGGACGUUCUUCAAAAUCUCACGUGGAUGGUCACUGUCAUCUUAAAAUUACCCUUACUACUGGAAAGAAACCUGACAUUCCAUAUGAAAUCAAGCAUCUUUAUCCAACAACCCUGGAUAUCCAUGGUGCGCUUUUAAGAGAAUUUAUUCAUUAUGACUGUGAAAACUACCAGGACACUGACAGCAAACGAAAUUCAACUGAGCUCUGUCCACAAGCGGAGUUCAUUCUUCAUCAACAUGCUCUACAGAAUGAGUUAAACGAUCUUCAACAAGUCAGCAUUCGCUGGAUGCUUUUCAGUCACCAUCACUGGCUUGAGCCAAUGAAGUACAGCUCUUUAAACGUAUUAGUGAGCACUCUAAAGAAGGAAUGGAAAACUGGGGCACUCAGCCAACGAGAGGAACAUUCAUUGGUCAAGUCGUUAAAGAUAUUUACAGAUAACUGUUGGAGGUUAUUGAUAAAAUAUAGAGACGUUUUCCCUGCCACAGAUAAAGGAAAGCUCAGUCGCUUGAUAAAUUUACUGGAGUGUUUGUCAAAUUUAUACAAGCUCGAAGUUUUCAAGAAUUCAAUUAAGGAACCAUUGAAUGUUCAAAUGUCAAAUCUGCUUAAGGAAUCAGCCCUUGCUUGGUACAAGAAAGUGUAUGCAUGGAAGGAGCCUCAGACAAAGAACGAAGAGGCUAUGCUAUCAGCUAUGGUGGAUGUUGCUGAAUCUCUAGUAACAGACAUGUUUCAAGCCAAGGCCUGUUACAGAAAGAUAUUCGCAGUAACGGGAGUGAAGUAUUUCACUACAGUUUACAACCAGUUGGAAUUAAUGCUUGCAUCUGAUGUUCACAACACUAUGGGGAAUGUCAACAAGCGUCUUAAACAGGAAGGUGGCGCUGACAUUGUUGGAGAGAAGCUGUUUUCAUUAUAUUUGGCCGUGAAGGAAGUCAUUAGUUACCGGAGCAUAGGAGAGUCAAUGCCAAACCAUGUGUAUGCCCUGGAUGACUAUCAUGGGUGGUUCAAACAGUCUGUUUUACGUUGGCUCGAUAUUGCACAAGUUAAGGCCAAAGAAAGAAUUAAAAGAGCAGUUGAAAUUGACAAGAUCUUGAGGAUUGAUGCAAGUGUUAGUCAUUCAACUUCAGCCAUCGAUGGAGUUGGUUGCUUUUACCAGAUUCGAGAAUUCUGGAAGAAGUUGGCUUGGCCGGACCCAUCUGGAUCCUACGUGUUUGUCAUGCACAUCACCAACCAAAUUUGUAGCAGUGGAUCAUACUACGCUGAUCUUCUGUUCGACAAGAUGAUUAAAAAUAACUAUUAUGACAAGGAUCCUUCUCAGUUUGACGUCAGUGAACAGUUAUGUGUUACCUUGAAUAACAUUGAAUACAUGAGACUGUGGUUAUCGAAACUGCCUGAGAAGCUGGGCUGGGAAGAUGUCAUUAACGCCUUGAUAACAGCGCAUGGUGAAAGAGGUGGAAGGCAUGCACGCUCAGCUCUGGAAAAUAUGCUAUGUAGUGCAGACGACGACAUGCUUAAUAAGGUUGCCGAUGCUAUUGAGCACAUUGGGCACAGGAUGGGGGUCGAUAUCAAGAGAUUUGUUUUUCAACUGUGCUGUGCCCCAGAAGACACGCCAGCUGAAGAAGUUGUGGUUCCUUUACUCAAAUACUUGGACGAUGAUCUCAUGGUUCUGAAUACAAGCGUCGUCAAAUCUGUGUUUCACAGAAUUCUCCAUUUCAUUUGGGAAAUAGUGAUUGAAAACUUCAGUAAUGGUAUUAAAGCCAACGGAGGGAGAACUGCGUCCUUCUACCAAAGACAAUGCGAAGCACUUGAGAUAGUGCAGAGUUUCUUUUACGCCGAUGGAGUUGGGGUUCCUUUGGAACGUCUGCAGCUGGGAAACUAUAAGAUUUUGGUUGAAACCCUCGCCUUACGCAAGAUGUCCACAACAGAGUUAAUCCAACACUACUUUGCCGAGAGGUGUGGAGAACAGGAAACUGCCGAAGAGAAAUAUGGAGCCGUAACAUUUAAAGCUUUCUAUGAUUUUAAUAACCAGAAGCUUCAAGUUGAAGUGCUGAAUGCAAAGAACCUUCCACCACUAGAUACUAACGGGCUGUGUGAUCCGUAUGUGACGGUGGAGCUUUUGCCAGAAGAUUUUUACGGAAAGGAGAUGAAAAAAACGGAAAUCAUUAAGAACACUUUGUUUCCACUUUUCGAUGAGCAGUUCGAUUUUGAUGUUGAGCCGGAGUUGCUGAGAGAGACUGGUUCCUGUUUACACUUGACCGUUAUGGAUUAUGACGUAUUUUCAAAUGACGAUAUUGCUGGUCACGUGUACUUCAACUUGAAUAACGUCUGCGGUUUGCGGGAAGUUGUGGAAGGAGGCUUUUCUAACGUACCUCAACAAACACGAAAUAUCUUCCAUCCUAAGCCUGGAGGCCGGUACUUUGAAGUUCUCGAGUCACGGGAUGACGAAAAGGCUCAACGGUUUGCGAAGGCAGAGAUUGACUUGCGCGAGAGAACAAUCAGCGCACAUGCGUGAGGAACCAGGUUGGCCAUGACGCAACUUCAGUCUCUGUCUUGUUAAGAAUUUAAGCAAUACUUCGUCAUUUAGCUCACUUGGCCUGCUAACUUUCUGAGAUGAACGAUUUCAAAUCAUGUUUACCAAAGAGGUAGCAAGAGCCAUCAAGCCCGCAAAUGACGUGUUUCGAAAGAGACCAAGCAGAAUGGUGUGAAAAGUUAAUGUCUCAGUAGAUUGUAAACCGUUUCAUCUCUUUGUUUAUAUUUAACAAAUAGAGAAGCCUUGACUGUUCUCUGUUCCGUUGUAAAGCACUCAGGAAGCGACUAGAGCACGAAAGAAGUGCAGGAAGAAACGCGAGUCGUAGUCGUUUUACUUUCAAUUUUCAAGACAAACUUUAUUUCCAGAGCAAACAACUGUGUCGUCAUCAUGCUCUAUUCUCUCAAAGUACGCCACAAUAAGCUAAUCAGAAUUCCUGUUAGAAUGGUUCAAAUAAUCCCAUUGGCUGUACAAGACUGAAGUUGUCAAAAAUGUCAAACAAUCAAAGUUCACUUUCUGCAAUAGUUUACAAACUCAGUAAUUCGGCAGGUCAAAUUUAACACUUUUGCCUGAAGUCUUAUAGUCUUUAAUAUCCAGCGAAAUCCAGUCGAAUUGACUGGCUUCAACUCAACGCAUCGGAAAGGAUAUCAGAGCAAGCUCUUAGUUGUUCUCUCAGAGGGCGGCCGAUGUAAUUUCUGAGGCUUAGUUGACUGCUUUAUUUUUUAUCAUUCCUGUUUUGUUCUGUUUUGUUUUUGAACACGAAACUAUAUAUACGACACGAGUGUUAGCUGUGUUUAAUUUUUAUUACCGUAAGUAAGCUUGCAAUAUGAAUGUGAAAACCUUCAAAAUUCGGAAUGUCCAUUUUGUUUAUUCAUUGAGGAUUUUUUGUCUCUGCUCACGUUAUAAUAACGUAAAUUACUGCGCCUGGCAUGUUCACAAACCUUUAUUUGGUUCAUCUGUUGCUAUUGGCCGACUUACCUGUUCCGAAAUUUCACUCUCAAUCAAAGGAAAAAAACUAGAGAAAAGUCCCGGAAAAGGUCGGACAUAGUACAAUUUGGCAGACGGUGUGACAGCUUUAGCUCAGCUCUAUACUCUUAUAGAGCAUGCUCAACCAACGACAGCGCGCGUUAUAUCCGAACUUUUUUAUGGUAAUAUAUAGACUUGUGUAUUACAAUUUCUGUUAGAACUUGAAUAGAACCUGUAGUUAAAGCUAUUCGUUCAACACUGAGUAAAAUAAACUAUUACAAUGUCUUAAAAGAGCAAGGCAUCUUCAUUAA